UAAUCCAAAAUGAAAAUUUAUGCUGCACUAAGUUAAAUGGGCCAUGCUGGAUCCUUCUUUGCUGAUCACAAAUAAAACAAACUGCAAUUCCAGAUUGUGAAUUUCUUGUGUUCUUGUAACUGUGAUGACUGUUUUGAUAUGUAUUUUCUUUGGUAUUUCUAAGGAACACUUGUUAUAUUUUCCACUGUACUUAAUAUGUAUGCCUUCCAACAGCUUUGUAUCAAAUUGGAACCAGUUAUAAGGAACAUUUUGUUUACAAUGAUAGGCAAGUCAGCCAUGACUUGAAACACUAAGCUAACUACAGCGAAGUUCAGCAAUUUACCACUGAGAAGUUUCUUUAGUUAUUCUUUGUGUGUUUAGUUGCCACUCAAGGCAAGCUUUUUCUAUUUCAGCCACUUUGCUGUUCAUAGCAUGCUUCAGCCCUCCUUGCUGGAGGCUUUUGACUGAAAAUAAAAUUGGUCUUAUUGAAAUGCUGUAACAUUCCUCCGUCUGUACAGAAGCACUUAGGCAAAAUUUGUCCAUCUGUAAAACUCAACCUUUUCCCCCUCAAGGAGAAGCACAUCCUGCAACUUGCAUCACGAUAUAGAUUUGCAGUGACUCCAAGCUGAAGUAAAAUGAAAACAUGUUGUAACAGGCAGAUUUACAACUGCUGGUGAAAGCACUCCAGAACUAAAAUUGCAAGUAAAUUGUUUGUCUAGAAAGAAGCUCAGUCCUUUCCCCUGUGCAGCUCCUGCUUAAACUGAGAAUUUCAAACCCCGAUGACAGCAGAGACAGCUGGAAAAUCGGACCGUUAGGACAGUAAAUACAUGGGAAAUGCUAUCCUAUUGAUUGAGGGGGGAGGCUGAGUGUUAUUUGGUGUACUCUGAAUUUUUAAGACAUUCACUGUGACUGAAAAUUUGGGUGAAGAAGGCUUUGCUAUUUUCUUAAAAGGGCCUUCAAAUGAAGGUGUUUAAACUUAACAUGAUGGAGGGAUUUUAAGCAAGCAGUGAGGAAGUAUUAUCAGAUCACCAGGUGAAGGUAAGCCUGGUAGUCAUUUUUGACGGAGACCACAGCACAACAGCGAGAGAAAACGAAGAGCUGUGGGGACAGGUGUGUGUGAGGGGGAAUACACCAACCACUGCUCGGGGGAAGCAGCAGCGGUUCUGCGCCAAGGGACAGCGGCAUGGGGGCAGGCCGCCGCCGGGCGCCCCCAGCCGGCCCCAGCCAACGGCCGCGGCCCGGCGGGCGGCGCAUGGCGGGCGGUUACCAGCUGUGGGCGCCCCGCUCGCCCCUGGACGAGGCGCUGCGCUGGCUGCGGGGCGCCCCGCCGCCCGCUCCCCAGGCCGCCGCCAUUUCGGCGCACCCCUUCCGCGGGGCCUGCCUGCCGCCGCUGGCGGCGGCGGCGGCGGGCGGGCUGCGGGGCCGCGCGGCGGCGCUGCGGCGGCCGCAGGCCGUGAGGUUGCGGGGCCUCGACGCCGUCUUCGGGCGGCCGGUGACGGCGCAGCCGCCGCGCUGGAGCGGCUCGCUGCGGGUAUCGGAGCGCUCGGCCUUCUGCCGGGUGGUGGCCCCGCGGCAGCCGGGACCAGGCGGGCUGCGGGAGGCCGAGGCCCGGCUGGCCGCCGCCAUGUGCCGCAGGAUGCUGCGCGCCAUCCUGCUGCUGUACGCCGCCUACAAGAAGUGUGCCUUCGCCCUGCAGCACUCGCGAUGAGAGCCCUUAGCACGCUUGGCAUCUGCCGGGUGGUGACCCGGGUCCGGCUUGUCUGGACACUUCAGGGUGUUGGCCGCCUUGGAACCAUACUGAAGCCUCACUGCACAGAGCAUACGAUGAAACCUUACCUGGUGCAGCCAGUGCCUCGUUUGCGUGCCAGGAUGACACCCCAAGGAAAGCUGGCUGAAGCAUGGGGCUCAGAGCGCAACAGUGUGCAGCUCGUGGACUCGGGCACCAGCUACGUCAAAGAGAUGAGAACCUGUGUGCCCCAUCAGAGGUUAUAGGGACGUGACUGCACCAUCUGCCUGUGUUUGUAGUCACGGCCUGAUGAGUGCCAAGGAGGAGCGUGGUUCUGGCUUGCUAUGUUGCAUUUAGCGUUUGCCAUUCUGCUGGGAGAAAAGCCUGGCAGACAUUUCACUUCAAACUGAGAAGCGCUGCUGCUUGAGAUGUGGCCGUCUUUGCCAGACAGUCCUCAAAGAAAAGAGGUUUACACUCCUUUUAUAGCUACGGUUACAAACUCCAAAACAGAUCCCAACCUUACUACCUUCCAAGCCAAAUCCGUUGUUUACUCAUUUCUUGUCGACAAAGACCUCCACAAAACAAAACAAAAGUUACGCUUUAAUCUGUUAAUAGGUUUUACAGUUUUCCCCCCUUGACCAUUACUACUUUGUGAGAACUAACUGGUUUACAAAGAAUUCAAAUCACCUUUUAUCAUUCAGAGCAAAGUCUGUAGCUAUUUACAGCUAGUGAAGGCAGUUCACAUAAAUACAGUCUUCAAAGUUACCCAUCCGAAUCUUUUUUCUUUUUUUUUUUUUUUAAGCUAAUGGUAUAAGUACCCUUAAAACAAAAUUCAUGCCAUAACAGUUUUCUAAAAAUGAACUUUUGAUCUACUCUAUUCAAACUUUCUUUACAAUUAAAUGUACAGGUGUGAAAAUCUAUGUAGAUUGCUUACAGCUAAUGAAAACGAUUUGCAAAGAAUGACUGCAGAGUUGCUACUUACCUUCAAAAUAAUCAAAACAAUAUUUUUACUUGUUUUAAAUGCCAUAAACAGUGUAUAUAUCUUUUUAGAAGUGUACUAUUGGCUUCUUAACAGUCCAAAUAAAAACUGUUCUGAUUUAUUUCCUGCUAGUAUAGGUAAUUUAUUACAAGUUCCAUAAAGUAUA